CCACGUUUCCCUGCGGGCUGGGGCCGGGCCGCUGCGUCCCCCCGGCAGCCGAAGCUGGGGGAGAGAAAAGGGGGGCCAAAAAUAAAAAGGAGGUAGCAUCGCCUUGGCGUCGUCGGGGAAGCAAGACGAGAGCUUUGCAGGAAAGCAGGGCAGGAAAGUACUUUUAUGGGGUUGUUCACGGCCGCUCUGAGAGGAGGGAGGAGGAAGUACGUUGGCAAAUCAAGCCUUGCUGAGCUCUUCGUGGAGGGGGGGGGAUCGCACCCCGGGGCACAGGAGCCCCACGGGACUGUCAGAACUUCAUCUCAGCCUGUCUCCUAAGCAAGCCUCCCUCGAAAAACCAAAAAAAAAAAAAAAAAAAGCCCCUCUUUGAUCCAAAAUGUCCCUCAAGCUGCCUCGGAACUGGGAUUUCAACCUGAAAAUGGAUGCUGCAAAAAUAGCCCGCUCCAGGAGCGUGAUGAGUGGCGAGGCCGUGGGGGCCCGGCCGGCCUCCCCCAACCCUCUGGAGCGGCCCCUGAAGAUCGGCUGGCUGAAGAAGCAGCGCUCCAUCGUCAAGAACUGGCAGCAGAGGUACUUCGUGCUCAAGGGCCAGCAGCUUUACUACUACAAGGACGAGGACGAUGUCAAACCGCAGGGCUGCCUGUGUCUCCAGGGAAGCACCAUCAAGGAGGUGGUCAGCAACCCGGAGGAAGGAGGGAAAUUUAUCUUCGAAAUCAUCCCAGGGGUCUCUGGAGACCAGAACCGGACAGGGCAGGACACCUGCGUGCUCAUGGCUAAUUCCCAGUCUGAGAUGGAGGAAUGGGUUAAAUCCAUCCGGCGAGUGCUGGGGUCGUCGUCAGGAGCGGUGUUCGGCCAGCGCUUGGCAGUUACCAUGGCCUAUGAGCAGAAGUUUGGGCAGCACCAGGUGCCCAUCCUGGUGCAGAAGUGUGCCGAGUUCAUCCGGGAGCACGGCGUGAGCGAGGAGGGCAUCUUCCGCCUCCCUGGCCAAGACAACCUGGUGAAACAGCUCAGGGAUGCGUUCGACGCUGGGGAAAGGCCAUCGUUCGACAGGGACACGGAUGUGCACACCGUGGCCUCUCUGUUCAAGCUCUACCUGCGGGAGCUCCCCGAGCCCGUGGUGCCCUGGAUGCAGUAUGAGGAUUUUCUGCUGUGCGGUCAGGCGCUGGAAGCGGAUGAGAAAAAGGGCCAUCAGGAACUCCUGAAUCAACUGUCCCUCCUUCCCAGAGACAACUACAACCUCCUCAGCUAUAUCUGCAGGUUCCUACAUGAAAUACAGUUGAACUCUAGCAUCAACAAGAUGAGCGUGGAUAACCUGGCAACAGUGAUUGGAGUGAACCUCAUCAGACCCAAGAUAGAGGAUCCUGCAAUUAUUAUGAGAGGCACCCCACAGAUCCAGAAAGUGAUGACUGUGAUGAUAAGUGACCAUGCUGUCCUCUUUCCCCCCUCCAAGGAUGUGCCACCCUCCCCCCCUGCCAACAAAAAUGACAAGAAAACCCCCAUCCCACGCAGCUCCGUGGGCUGGGACGCGGCAGAGGAUCCUGCAGUGUCCAGGGCAGAGAGCUUGAUCCAAAGGCAAAUGAGAGAUGACCCGGGUUCCAGCAGUGCCCCCGGAGCAGCCGCGAGCUCGAGUGCAGCCAGCCAAGAUAAUGGGGGCAAAGAUACCCUGGGAAUGUGGAAAACGCAGUCCAGGAAAAGAACUCAGACUCUACCUAACAGGAAAUCUUUCCUGACGGCUGCUUCGCCGGGGGAGAAAGGCAGCAACGACAAAAACGACGUAUUUGCCAGUGACUUUUGGAGGAGCUCCCCUGGGAGCAGCACGCGCCCCGUGGUCCCCGAGGGGCAUAAGAGAACGUUGUCUCAUGAUCUUUUUAAGCUGCUCGACCUCCACCGGGCUUCAACCUACGAUAACGUCCCUGCCUCCCAGGCGGAAAGUGGGGAAGGCACUGGCUGCAGCCCCAGCCCCUCGAGCAGCAGCUCUGACAAGGAGUUUCUGCCCUGCCCCAGCCCCAGCCAUCAGCCCCAGGAAGCUGCCAGUCCCACCAGCAGCCCGGCCGAGGGCUCCCAGCCCCACCAGGAGAGCAAGGAGUUCCUGCAAAACAUGAUCUUGAAGCUGGAGAAAGAAAAGGAGGUACAGAAAAAUGAAUACGAGGAACAAAUUAAAAGUCUUGAGGAGGAAAACUAUGAAGUCUGGGCCAAAGUGGUGAGGCUGAACCAUGACAUUGAGAAGGAGAAGAAGAAGUCUGAGGAACUGGAGCUGAAGCUGAUGAACAUGGAGCGCUUACGGGAGGACAUGGAGAAGAAAAACAAGAUGCUUGAGGAGAAGAUUAAAAAAUUAGCUAUUUAGCUAACAAGCAAAACUGAUGUUAAAACCAACUAGGAGAAGACACCGAGCUGUGCACAGACAGGAAAUGCAGCUGCAUGAAUCCACUGGAAUUGCCAAGCAGGUUCAGAGCCAGGGACCUCUAUCAUCCCAUGUUCUGCUACUGACCGUGGGUUAGUUUGGAGGAAGGAGCCCAGGAGCUAGAGGCUGGUUUAUGCUUUGAAACAGGAAAUUUCAAAAAUAUUAUUUAGCUUUUUUUUUGGUGUUUUCUUCAACUCCUCUUUCAGCUGCUCCAGUUCCCUGUAGAACAGGCCAAUACUUCUUGCUGCUCAAUCAGAAUAUCUUGCACUCAGGAGUUCAGGUUAAGGACACAUUAUGCCUUCACAGAACUAAACCAGCAAGCAUCCCUCCUGCCAGCCAGCUGGCUCCUUGCUGGAGAUACCCACAGCGCUUCUGAGCGGAACAAAAAGUCCUUAAAUCCUGGAUCUGGGGCGACGGAAAAUCCCUGAGGUGGCACAGCCCGUCACAGUGUGCCUGGAUGGUGGGCUGCAAAUGCUGUCAGCACCACGGUUGAGACGUUCACAUUAAUACAUCCCGUGGAUUAUUGCUCUUAUAGAGCAAGAGAAGCCCAGACAGCCCCUCGGGUCACUGAGAAGAGAUCUCAUGCAGCAUCACGCACGGUGCUGUGCCAGACCCAGCGAUAUCAAGGCUCCAGGUAUAAAAUCACAAUAUCCUAGAAACCUCUUUAAUUAAGUGGCUGUUCAGUUAUUUUAAGUCGCUGUUCCUUAUAGCCAUGUGUAUAUAAUUCCAGCAGAGCUGCUGCUGAGGCUUUGGAGAGGGCUUUCACGUACAGGGAGCUCUCUGUGCAGAGGGAGUCCACCAGCAGCUUUAUUCCAUACAGAAAAUGAGGCUUCUGCGUUUUCUCUCACAGACCGUUUUCAAAGAAUAACAAAUCUGGACUUAUUUACCGCCUCCACUCUCAUUUUUCUUCAUUUCAUCAGCAUAGAACGGGAUCUCCUCAGCCACUUUGGUGGAAACCUGGGUCUGCACUUCAACGGUGAUGCUGGGUCUCUCCCGGCCACUUGCUGCCACCAGCAUGAGGACUAACUGCACCCAAAGGUCUCCUUGUGUCCCUGUGGCUAUUUGUAAACUUCUCUGCUUGUUCUCCUGCUUCCUGCCAGCAAGUCACCCUUCCAGCAGCACCACGACGCCGCUGAAGGGAAGAAAAUCACCAGAUUCUGCAAGAAAACCUUUCACUCCUCCUUUACGUUAAGAAGGGGGGACACCACUGCCCCAGCCUCAGCCCCUCCUGGAGCCUUCAAAGGGACAGAAAAGGGAAAAGCAAAGAGAUCUGCAGGACUUCUCAAGCAAGACACCACAGGUCUCUGUGCCAGCCGUGGGGAUGUUAAUUGGAUUUCUGCUACUGAGGACGUGGCUUGGGUGACAGCAAAGUCCAGCACAAGAGAGGCUGCAGACCUGCUUGGCAGAGCCUGAAAAGAAGAAUGAACUGGUGAGAGAAAGGGACACAGAGGAAACUGUAGGAAAAAAGGGAAGAUAGGAGCAGGAAAAUGUUAUUAGAGAAUAAAAAAUAUUGGGUGUAUAGCACUUGCUGCUAUCAACCUUGCUGGGGGAGGGCUUGUGUAGCCUUAAACUGAGCCCAGGCUCCUUAGUUGCAACCUUAUAUUCAGUUUGGUCUAUUGGAUCCACCUUCCCUCAGCUGUGGAUAUAAAGGACCGGUAAAGGAGAGAUUUAUGAAAGCUGAGAUACAUUUAAGAGUCCAACCCAUAAAGCGCUCAUUGGACCUACAGGCUCUGACUGCAGGUGGUUUUCCUUUCCAUAGGUCCCCAGAGAUUACACAGCUCCUCACUGUCUGGCCCACAAACCUUCACACCAGGGCAUUACAUUUUCUUGGAGACCUUCAGAGGGUUACUGCGUGGGGCUACUGCAAAAUCAUAGCACCUUCCAAAGGACCCACAGCCAAGGUCCUUUGCUCUUGCAAUGAUCAAAUCUGAUUAAAAUAUUUGAAACCUGAAAUGUGGUAAUUUAAAAUCCCAGUGAGGCUCAUGUAACCCCUCUGCACUGGACCAGCGGGGCUGAACCUGCUGGUGCAGAGCUCCACAGCCCUGCAGAGGGAUGUGUGUCACAGAGAAGAGCCCCCAAGGAGGACAUCGUGGCCUCCAUCAGGUGGUGGAGGUGACCUAACACCUUCAAAGCCGAGCUAUGAGCUAUACAGACCUCCCCUUCCCCAUAACCCGCAUGUCCCACACGCUACAGCAUCCUGAGAUGACACAUUUCUUGCCUCAAAGUCUCUUUCAAGCACCACUAACGCUGUGUCACAAGUCAAAGGUCCCACCAUCCACCUCUGGGACUCACAGCUUCCCAACACUCAAAUCAAGAGGUUUCCAAAGUGCCUGCAAGAUGCAUUUUUCCUGCCAACAUUUGAGAGCAAUUCAUGAUUCUUUUUUGUGAAUUCAGACGAUCUUGGCAGAGCUGCUUCAGUGUUUAUUUAAUUUUUUACGUUUACAAGGAACUCAUUACUAAUCUGGGCAUGAGGCUCAGGAGCCAUUUAGGGAGAAAUUUCUUCAUCGGGUCUAGGAGGAACCUCGUGAACAUCUGGGCUGGAAAUGCCACACGCUCCUUUCUGCAAAGAUCAAAAGUGUGAAGAGGCAAGUAGUUCCUUCACAGCCCGCAGGAGGCUGUAAUGACGUGAAAAGUCUUGGCUGAGGCUCAGAAGUCUCCAUGAUUAGGACAAGUGCACGUUAUUUUAGUAUAAACUGCACAUUCCUCCGCUUCCGCUGCAGAUAGAUAGGCACAACAACCUCUAUCAAACCAUGACUGCUUCUGAAGAUCAGAGUAGCUUCUUUGAAGAUAUUCUGCCCAUUAAAAUUUGGAGUGUUUACAGUGGUCAUAUUUAAAAGAUAAGGCUUCCCGAUAGAGGUCAGGUGGGCUGGAGAUUCCUACGUGCACGGGGGGAGUGAAUGGCCUCAGGGAGCGACACGAGCAUCAUAUGAGCUGAUAUUGCUGUUGGGUGCCAUAAGAUAAGGAGGCUUUUCCUUUUUUUUUUAAAAAUGUGAGCUUUUUCCAGAGACAGAAAAGCACAGAUCUGCCCAGACACGUGGAAACUUUGCACCCUUUUCAUCCCUGAGGGGAGAUGCAGCUGAAGACUGGCAGUACUCAAGUCCCACUCGGGAUUUAAUGCACUUUCAGAUCUUCUGUUGGAGACACCACAAAUGAGAGCCCCGAAAACUGACUGAUGCACGACCUACAUCUCCUUCCUCCCUCUCUUUUCGCAGCAAAGCCGUGAAGCUUUGUGGGGAAGGAGCAGCAGAGAAAGCCUCUCCUCUUCCUGAAGCAGGGGCUGCUGUUCCUCUGUGCUGCAAAAGGAUGUCAUAAACUCACCGAGGGUUGUUUGGUGGCUGCUUUUCAGCUCAGCAGGCUUUAAGCAUCGAUUCUGGGUAUCCUAGAAAGUGUGAAACUACUUGUAUCGUAUGAAAGUACAAGAGAUUGUCUGUCAGAGAAUAAAGAAUAAACCCUGUAGAAAGAUCCUUUUCAACCCUGUCCUGGGUACUGUAGGCUUGGAAACUGCCAAAAAGGCAGUUUUUCACCCCUCUUAACCUUCCCACUGAGCAGCCAGAGGACACGAGAGCAUCCCCUUCAAAGUGAUGGGAGAGUGUGUGGGAAAACCCACAAAACAUACAGAGGAGGUUCCUCUCCUUUUAAUGUCGUGUGGCUUUCCAAAUUAGAGCAAUUAAAACCACAGGUCUGAAUGUAUCUAAAACUGUUAAACCAUGCAUUACGGGGUGAAAAUACAACAAG